AUGAAGCUCUGCAACCGCCAGCUAGCCUUUUUCGCGACAAUCACCACCUGCACUGCGAUGAACAAAUCGCUGCAAGGUUCUAGGGAUUUAACUUCUCAUUUGAACGGCAACACUGGCGUUAGUAUUACUGCUCCCCAAGUCAUGGAUGGCUCAAAUUUGAAUGCAGGCUCUUCCCCAGUUCAAAAGUCACAAUUUGGCCACAUGACAAAUGCCAGCCCUUCGUUGCCCUCGAGAGCGAGCAGAGGGAGUAACUUACAAACCUAUUCUUCUGGGGAGGUUCACCAUCGGCCGAAUCUUGUACCGCUCGAAACUCACAUCCAAACCCCGUCGAACAAAAGAAAUCGAGAAGAUGAACUUUUUAACAAUCACCCUGAAUCCCGAAAACCACCCGAAACGCUUGAUUUACUGAGAGAUUUUGGAAAGAACUCAGCGGCAGGCAGCCCAGCCAACGCUUUUGAGACCCCAAGGAAGGCUAUAUUGUCUCAUAGGACGAUGCAAACUGAUGGAAUUCAGCCUCCUAUUCAGAAAGAAAGAGAAGGAAGGUUUCUCUCAAUUGAUCCUACUCAUACCCCUCACAGUUAUUUGAAGAAUCUCGAGGACCAGCUUCGAUCUUCAGUGAUCAAACCGAUGCAGAUGACACCAGAAGCCUCAUUCAGACUUGACGAGAUGCUGAAACAGACCUCAUACUCUGAUGGGACAAAACAAAGUGAUCGAACACUUGUUCAGAUAGAAAAUGUGAUGGAGCCCAAGGAUACUGCCACAGAAAUUGUCACGAUUUCACAAAGCGUCAAUGUUAUCAAAGGUCAAACUUCGACGGGUGAUCGGCUGCUGAGACUUGAAUUUGCUCACGAGAUUCUUAGAACACACGACCCAUUGCUAGAGGACGAAAGGAUAAUUGAAGAAAUAAAGAAGCUGAAUGAAAAUUCUAAGAUCGUGAUUGUCGAAAGCAAUUUCAAAAAUGCUUCGGAUAUAAUCAGAAAUUGUAACCUCAUGAUGAAGAGGGAUGGACCGAUCGAGUUAAGAAAUGAUUGGCACAAUUUUUCCCAAGAUUGA